AUGGAAAGUAUCUCAAACCAAAGUGACUUUUGGCAAUUCAACGAAUCCUGGCGGAACUCAACUCUCGUUAACGGGACCGUUGGGCUGAAUCAGACGAACCCCUUGAAGCGGAAUGAAGAAGUGGCCAAGGUGGAGGUGACUGUGCUUGCUCUGGUUCUGUUUCUUGCGCUGGCGGGGAACCUGUGCGUCCUGCUGGCGAUACAUACCACCAAACACAGCCAGUCUCGUAUGUAUUACUUUAUGAAGCACCUGAGCAUCGCCGAUCUAGUUGUGGCGAUAUUUCAAGUUCUUCCCCAACUUAUCUGGGACAUAACAUUUCGAUUCUACGGACCGGACAUUUUAUGCAGGUUGGUGAAAUACCUGCAAGUCGUUGGGAUGUUCGCCUCCACUUACAUGUUAGUUUUGAUGUCCGUAGACAGGUGUUUGGCUAUUUGCCAGCCUCUCCGUUCUUUGCACAGGAGAAAAGACCGUUUCUAUGUCAUAUUUUCCUGGGUCCUGAGCCUGCUCUUCAGUAUCCCGCAGAUGUUCAUCUUUUCCCUGAGAGAGGUUGGGUCGGCCGGAUCAGGAGUGUAUGACUGCUGGGGCGACUUCGUAAUGCCUUGGGGAGCCAAAGCUUACAUCACAUGGAUCAGUCUCACCAUAUACAUCAUUCCAGUGGCCAUACUGAGCAUUUGUUAUGGGUUGAUAAGCUUCAAAAUAUGGCAAAACUUUAAACUGAAAACCAGGCGUGAGCAGUGCAUAAGCCUGACGCCCAAAACCUCCAAAGCCAACACGCUGGCCCGUGUCAGUAGCGUUAAGCUCAUCUCUAAGGCGAAGAUAACCACGGUGAAAAUGACUUUCGUCAUAGUCGUGGCUUAUAUCGUCUGCUGGACCCCUUUUUUCUCUGUUCAGAUGUGGUCUGCGUGGGAUCCAGCAGCGCCCCGUGAGGCUAUGCCCUUCAUCAUAUCCAUGCUGCUGGCCAGCCUCAACAGCUGCUGCAACCCCUGGAUCUACAUGUGCUUCGCUGGGCAUCUGUUCCAGGAUCUCAGGCAGAACUUUCUGUGCUGUUCUGCACGCUACCUCAAAUCAUCCCAGUGCCGCUGUGAGCGUGACUUUGACUCCAGUCACAAGAGCAACUCCUCAACGUUUGCCAUUAAAAGCACUAGCAGUCAGAGGAGUAUCACACAGACUUCUACCACAUGAGCAACUUCCCCACUUUCCUGCCAUCCCUGCCUUUCACCACAUGCCGUCACUCAUGAAUUAAAAAGCUGUCAGCUCUUUCAGAUACCUUUGAUCCUGAGGUUUCUGUCAGCCCAUAAGAGGGCAAACAAAAGUCUUAAUUAUUUAAUUUACAGUACUUUACAGGGUAAAGUAGAAAUGGAUAUGUGAAAAAGAGGAAUGUACAGAAUAUUUUGGGGCAAUAUUUUGUUAAUUCUUAAAAGAUAAUCAUUGAUUAAGCUGAGCAAUCAAAUUCAUAUUUUGUGUGAGUUUUAUGUUUUGUUUUUCGUUUUUCGUUAAGUGUACAGUAUAUAUUUACACAUUUCAGUGCAGAGAAAGUAAAACAAAAGAGGAUAUUCAAAUGACUUUUAAAGCACUGCUGACCUCGGCCACCAAUGCUAU